AUGUUUUACGAUUGGCAUACUUUUUGGCGAGCAACUGCGGCCAGUAUCUUUACAUAUUCUACAAUUCAUCAUGUUAUAUCGAGAUUUAAUUCCAGUAAAGAUGUACGCCAUCGUUGGAGAAACAGCAAUAUAGCAACAUCAUUUAUUCAUUCGACUAUUUCAUCUAUAAUUAGUAUCUAUCUAUUCAUCGAAAAUCCAGCAAUGUGUACAACGGACAUAAUUUCGUCAUUUACGCGCCAUGCGUAUUCAUUCGUUUCAUUCGAACUUGGCUAUUUUGUUUUUGAUUCAAUUGAUAAUAUACGAAAUCUAUCCGGUCGACACACAUUCGAAAUUCUACUACAUCACAUCAUUAUUAUUGGAUGUUUUGGUAUUUCACUCUAUCUUGGCCGCUAUAUUGGUUAUUGUGUAAUUAGUUUGUUUAUUGAAAUUAAUAGUAUUUUCUUGCAUUUACGCCAAUUAUUUUUAUUUUCAAAUAAAUCUAAGCGUGAUCAAAUUUAUCGUAUUAAUAAUAUUAUUAAUUUAGGUACAUUUGUUGUAUUUCGUUUUGGUGUUGUAACAGUUAUGACAGUAUGGUUAAUUAUGAAUCGAUCCAAUGUACCAUUGAUUCUUUCGUUUAUUGGCCAUUUGGGAUUAUUGAUAAUGACAAUUAUCAAUGGUUAUUUAUUGUAUCGAUUAAUACGAAGUGACUAUUCAGUAAAACAUCAAUAA